GGCCGGAAGUCACGUGCGGUGACAGGCGCCGGGGUGAGGCCGCCGCCGCUGUGGGGGCAGUCGGGGCCGCUUCUGUGGGAGGCGCCGUGGUGAUGGCUGUGGAGACGCUGUCCCCAGACUGGGAGUUUGAUCGCGUUGACGACGGCUCGCAGAAAAUUCAUGCUGAAGUCCAGCUUAAAAAUUAUGGGAAAUUUCUUGAGGAAUAUACGUCUCAACUGAGAAGAAUUGAGGACGCGCUGGACGAGUCCAUUGGCGACGUCUGGGAUUUCAAUCUUGAUCCCAUAGCAUUAAAGCUAUUGCCUUAUGAACAGUCUUCCCUUUUGGAACUCAUAAAGACUGAAAACAAGGUCUUAAACAAAGUCAUCACUGUUUAUGCUGCGCUUUGUUGUGAAAUCAAGAAAUUAAAAUAUGAGGCUGAAACUAAAUUUUACAAUGGUCUCUUGUUUUAUGGAGAAGGAGCUGCAGAGUCCAGCAUGGCGGAAGGAGACUGCCAGAUUCAGAUGGGCAGAUUCAUCGCGUUCCUGCAGGAACUGUCCUGUUUUGUUACCAGGUGCUAUGAAGUGGCGAUGAAUGUGGUCCACCAGUUGGCUGCCCUUUAUAUCAGUAACAAGAUUGCACCCAAAAUCAUAGAAACAACUGGAGUUCAUUUUCAGACUAUGUAUGAGCACCUGGGAGAACUGUUAACAGUUUUGCUCACCCUGGAUGAAAUCAUUGAUAAUCAUAUCACUCUGAAAGACCACUGGACCAUGUACAAAAGGUUACUGAAAUCUGUCCAUCACAACCCUUCAAAAUUUGGAAUUCAGGAAGAAAAACUAAAGCCAUUUGAGAAGUUCUUGCUGAAGCUAGAAGGCCAGUUGCUUGAUGGGAUGAUAUUCCAGGCCUGCAUAGAACAACAAUUUGAUUCUCUCAAUGGGGGAAUAUCUGUGUCAAAAAAUAGCACUUUCGCUGAAGAAUUUGCACAUAGCAUCCGCUCAAUUUUUGCAAAUGUGGAAGCCAAACUUGGAGAACCAUCCGAAAUAGAUCAGAGAGAGAAGUACGUUGGAAUUUGUGGGCUCUUUGUACUGCACUUUCAAAUUUUUCGAACUAUUGAUAAAAAGUUUUAUAAGUCUUUAUUGGAUAUUUGUAAGAAGGUGCCAGCCAUCACUCUCACUGCUAAUAUUAUUUGGUUUCCUGAUAAUUUUCUGAUCCAGAAAAUUCCAGCAGCUGCCAAACUCCUAGACAGAAAAAGCCUUCAAGCCAUUAAAAUGCAUAGGGAUACUUUCCUACAGCAGAAAGCUCAGUCACUUACCAAAGAUGUACAGUCUUACUACGUCUUUGUGAGCUCAUGGAUGAUGAAAAUGGAGUCUAUUUUAUCUAAAGAACAGAGAAUGGAUGCAUUUGCUGAAGACCUCACCAACAGAUGUAAUGUCUUUAUACAGGGAUUUUUGUAUGCAUAUAGUAUUAGUACCAUUAUUAAAACCACAAUGAAUCUCUACAUGUCCUUGCAAAAACCAAUGACCAAAACCUCAGUUAAGGCAUUAUGCAGGCUUGUUGAACUUCUCAAGGCCAUAGAGCACAUGUUCUACAGGAGGAGCAUGGUUGUGGCUGACUCUGUCUCGCACAUCACCCAGCACCUUCAGCACCAGGCUCUCAAUUCUAUUUCUGUGGCCAAGAAAAGGGUAAUUUCUGACAAAAAAUAUAGUGAACAGCGUCUUGAUGUGCUCUCUGCUCUAGUUUUGGCUGAAAACACUCUGAAUGGACCCAGUACAAAGCAACGCCGACUCAUUGUCUCCUUGGCUCUAAGUGUUGGCACACAAAUGAAAACAUUUAAAGAUGAAGAGCUCUUACCACUGCAGGUGGUUAUGAAGAAGCUGGAUCUUAUCAGUGAACUCAGAGAACGAGUCCAAACUCAAUGCGACUGUUGUUUUUUAUACUGGCAUCGAGCUGUCUUCCCAAUUUAUUUAGAUGAUGUAUAUGAAAAUGCUGUGGAUGCAGCCAGAUUACAUUACAUGUUCAGUGCUUUACGAGACUGUGUACCUGCUAUGAUGCAUGCAAGGCACCUAGAGUCCUGUGAGGUACUUCUGGAUUGCUACGACAAGGAGAUUAUGGAGAUUUUAAAUGAGCAUUUGCUGGACAAGUUGUGCAAAGAAAUUGAGAAGGAUUUGCGCCUUUCUGUACACACUCACCUGAAGCUGGACGACCGGAACCCUUUCAAAGUCGGCAUGAAAGACCUGGCCCUCUUCUUCUCUCUAAAUCCCAUUCGCUUUUUCAAUCGUUUCAUUGACAUUCGAGCCUAUGUAACCCACUACCUAGACAAGACUUUCUACAAUCUAACGACAGUAGCUCUUCAUGACUGGGCCACAUACAGUGAAAUGAGGAAUUUGGCUACUCAACGCUAUGGGCUGGUUAUGACAGAGGCGCAUCUUCCUAGUCAGACCUUGGAGCAGGGCCUUGAUGUUUUGGAAAUUAUGAGAAACAUUCACAUAUUUGUAUCUCGAUACCUCUAUAAUCUGAACAAUCAGAUUUUUAUUGAACGAACAAGCAAUAAUAAGCAUUUGAAUACGAUUAACAUUCGUCAUAUUGCUAAUUCAAUUCGAACACAUGGCACAGGAAUCAUGAAUACAACAGUUAAUUUCACCUACCAGUUUUUGAAAAAGAAGUUUUAUAUAUUUAGCCAAUUUAUGUAUGAUGAACAUAUCAAAUCCAGAUUGAUUAAAGAUAUUCGGUUUUUUAGGGAAAUUAAGGAUCAAAAUGAUCAUAAGUAUCCUUUUGACAGAGCAGAAAAGUUCAACCGAGGCAUCAGGAAACUUGGCAUAACACCGGAGGGACAGAGUUACCUUGAUCAGUUCCGACAGCUCAUCAGCCAAAUUGGUAAUGCAAUGGGCUAUGUGCGAAUGAUAAGAUCCGGUGGUCUUCAUUGUAGCAGCAAUGCCAUUAGAUUCGUUCCUGAUCUGGAAGAUAUUGUAAAUUUUGAGGAACUAGUAAAAGAAGAAGGCCUUGCGGAUGAAACACUAAAAGCAGCAAGACAUUUGGAUUCAGUCCUAAGUGACCACACACGAAAUUCUGCCGAAGGUACAGAAUAUUUCAAAAUGCUUGUAGAUGUUUUCGCUCCAGAAUUUCGAAGGCCGAAGAACAUACAUCUCCGAAACUUCUACAUCAUCGUUCCACCUCUGACUCUCAACUUUGUAGAGCAUUCCAUUAGUUGCAAGGAGAAAUUGAAUAAAAAAAAUAAAAUUGGAGCUGCCUUUACUGAUGAUGGCUUUGCCAUGGGUGUGGCUUACAUCCUAAAGCUUUUGGAUCAGUAUCAGGAGUUCGACUCACUUCACUGGUUCCAGUCUGUCCGGGAGAAAUACCUAAAGGAGAUAAGAGCAGUUGCUAAGCAACAGAACGUGCAGUCGGCUAGUCAAGAUGAAAAGCUGCUGCAAACCAUGAAUCUCACCCAGAAGCGACUGGACGUCUACCUGCAGGAAUUUGAGUUGCUGUAUUUCUCACUGAGCAGCGCUAGGAUUUUCUUCAGAGCAGACAAGACUGCAGCUGAAGAAAACCAGGAGAAGAAAGAAAAGGAAGAAGAAACUAAAGCAAGCAAUGGAGAGCUGCCUGACAGCACCGUGUCCGGCGAGGUGGUGAAAUGAGGCCGAUGCCACGAGGUGCCCACAGGAAAUCAUCAGAACCGCGUUCGCACUUCUGCCAGUUGGACGGGGAUUAUAAGCUAUUGAAUUCAUUCCUGGGUCACAUCGCUGGAAAAUAUUUAAGUAUUGUAACUCUUUAAAACAGAGCUCGAAAGUGAAGUCUGUUCUGUUUCACAAGGCGCCAUUUCCAAAGGUUGAGAAUGGGAUUUUUAAAGUUAAAUUUUUGCCUCAGGUUGAGGCUAGAAGAUGUUUCCUGGGACAGUUAUUUGACAAGAAGUCAUAAAAGGACAACUCUCGGUUUCUAAACUGAGACCUCAGGUCUCACAAUGUACGUGCUACAUGUUUGUAACUUGUGUUUGUCUAAGUCUGUGAUCCAUAGUGGUCUCCGAUCAUUGGGAAUUCAGUACAUACACUAUAUACUGACAGUAAAUACAUAUUCCAGAAAGGAACUGAGCUUGCAAUUCAUGUGGCGCAUGUAUCAGUAGCCCUAAAGGGACAUUACAAAACUGGCAUUGGUACUAGAAGUGACACACAAAUGUUCCCUACCCUUUGUGUAGAGUUUAACUGUUGGUCAUCUGUGCAUUGUUAACUUAAUUUGACUUGCAAGAGCUACUGGUGACUUCUGUGAGAUGUUUUAUAACCAGUUUACAAAGCUUGGGGAACAUCUGACCUCCAACAACUGCUUUAAGAUUUUGUUCAUAUUCAAAAUUCAGAUAAAGCCAUAGAGACUGCUCGAAGCUUCGCUUCUGGUUGGAGGAAGGUGCUCCGUGUGACAGGAGGAAAAGGUGGAGCAGAGUGUUUCUACUUGCACACUCAGGCUUCUGUGUUCAGCUGAAUUAAAGCCUUGGUGAUGGCUUGGCAGAUUUUUUUGUAUCAAGUAUAAUCUCAGACAUUAGACUAAAUAAGAAUUGUACUGUGCAGGCUUUUCUUCUCAGUAAAACUUAGCACAGUAAGAAUAAAACU